AUGGAGGAAGAUUCCGUGCCAAAGCUCAUACCAUACUAUUUGAUAAGUGUGGAGGAGAGUCCCCAACAGAAAGCGUUGAGACUAUCAUACAACUGGCGCAUGACAGAGCACGGUUGGUUAAGAAUGGACAAGAAGAAGAACCAGGAGCCCUCUGCACCUAAGGAAAUCGCACCACAAGACUUUUUUGGCCAAUGCUUCGAUGAAGAUGAAAAUUGCUGGAUGCAGUGCUUUGAGUUUGACAAGGAUGGCAACAUUGACAGCGACGAUACCUACUUCCACAAAGUCCGAAGCGCAGCAGGCAACAUCGAGGUCGAUCUUGACAAGGCUUUGAGUCUGGUAGCCAAUGUUAGCAAAGCAGCCGGUGCUAUCUUCAUCCUUACGGGCAGUCUAAGGCUUCACUUGUCUGGCUUCUUCAUUGCCGACAGAUUCUUUCUCACUUGUGCACACUUUGCAAUAUCAGCGACGGUCGAAGAAGCAAUAAAGAAGAGUGGGUCGAAGAUGGCGACAGUAUGCACAGACCACAAAAUCCGCAAUAACAAUAAAACCGUCCAUCUGGUCUUUAGGGACGAAGUUCGAGACUUCGCCAUCUUCUGUCUAGACAAGGAUCAGCGACCUCAAUCACCUCACCUUGACCUUGAUCAAAACUUCCCUGGCAUAGACCAGCUAGACUUCAUGACAGAAAUUGCUAAUCGACGAGCCUUUGCCAUUGGUUAUAACUCGAGGGCCCAUGCUGCAAACUUCCCAUGGACACGUGAAAACGUCAUUCAAAACCUUACACCAGAGAAGAAACUACGAGUGCUGGCAACUUCGACCGUGGCUCCGGAAUUCGAGGAUGUCUUUCUGCCAAACCGCAAGACCCUCUCGGUCGGACGCCUCGAUUCAAACCCGCCGGAGAGGAACGCAAUCAUGUGGAAGCAUCGAAUUACUGGCUGGCAUGGCAUUUCUGGGGCCAUGAUUGCUUGCCUUGACCAGCCAUCGACAGCCGAGGCCAGGGUCCAAGUGCUAGGAUUAUUCCGUCGUGGUGAUGAAGGAAACAAGAACGAGAUGGUGCCGCUCACCUCCGAGAUCAUCAAAGUCAUUCGUGCCACUAUUCAAUCAUAUCCAUCAUCCAAUUGA